ACCUGCGACCUGCUGCCGUUUGUCCGACUUUCGUCCGGACUCUCAGGAUCUGCUGCGACUGCGAGCGCGCCGCUCCCGGAUCUUCUCUUCGAGGACCCAGAGUACAGCCAGAAGCCAAAGGCAGCUCUGCUACCCUACAAAGGCGCAACGAUCUUUCAGCUAUGAAAUACAUUUUGAAAAUGUACCUGCUGGGUGUGAUGUUCACCCUGCUGUCUGUCUGCUUUAGGCUCGUGGAGUCACUGGAGGGAUUACUGGAGAGCCCAUUGCCUGGGAGCCCCUGGGCGCUCAGAGGUCAUUUAGCCCACACCGAGCUCCCCAAAGCCCUUCCUGAUCACCCAUCCAGAGGGGUGCGAUAAGACCUCCUUUGGCACCAGUCAUGUCUUGAAACACUGACCUCAGUGUGCCCUACCAGGUGCCUCGGCAGGCAGGCCCACAGGACCAGUGUUUCCAGAAAACUUAACAAGACUGGGACAGUCUAUGUGGAUGUUCUUUGCUCUAGAAAAGAGCCUGUUGAGUAUAGAGGUGUAAGUGGGCUGCCUUUGCCGGUGGAAUGGUAUCUUCUCUCCCCUUUCCCCAGUGACUCUUGGCUUUGAUGUCCUUGGCACCGUGCAUCUGUCACCUCUGAAAUGGGGACUCAUGUUGCAACUUUAGCUGUUGGUUUCAACCUUAGAACCUGAACAUCUGCCAAAAGUUCCUUUGGACCUGGGUACUUUGUGGCUGCUUUGGCUGUUCAGUCUCCCAUGAGAACUCCUCUGUGAGCAUAGCAGUUGAGGCGUACCGGUUGUCUAAGAAGGAGCAGGAUGGAAUAUCAAGUGUAUCAUUUCACAUUUUUAAAUUCAUCCAACAUAGUUUGUAUGUAUUUGUAUAUAUUGGCCUGAAGGGGACAGUGGAAUGAUAACAGGCUUUUAGGAUGUGGGUAUUACGGUCACUAUGUGGCUUAAACUAAUUUUUCUAAUACAAUAAAGUCAAAUAUUUCUGUGU